CCCCUCCGCUCGCACGAGAGGAAAGUUUCCUCCAGACGCUUCCGGCCGACCCGCGCCCUCCCGGCCCAGACUCUUGAGCCUUCGGAGCGGGCCCGUCCCAGCCCAGCUCCGGGGAGACGCAAGCCGCGAUGCCUGGGGGGUGCUCCCGGGGCCCCGCUGCUGGGGACGGGCGGCUGCGGUUGGCGCGCCUGGCGCUGGUCCUGCUCGGCUGGGUCUCUUCGUCCUCGCUCACCUCCUCGGCGUCCUCCUCCACCUCUUCGGCGUCGUCGCUGGCCUCUGCUCAGCCCCCGCUGCCGGGCCAGUGCCCGCAGCCCUGCGAAUGCUCCGAGGCCGCGCGCACCGUCAAGUGCGUGAACCGCAACCUGACUGAGGUGCCGGCGGACCUGCCCACCUACGUGCGCACCCUCUUCCUCACCGGCAACCAGCUGGCGGUGCUCCCCUCCGGCGCCUUCGCCCGCCAGCCGCCGCUGGCCGAGCUGGCCGCGCUCAACCUCAGCGGGAGCCGCCUGAAAGAGGUGCGCACCGGCGCCUUCGAGCAUCUGCCCAGCCUGCGCCAGCUCGACCUGAGCCACAACCCGCUGACCUACCUCAGCCCCUUCGCUUUCUCAGGCAGCAACGCCAGCGUCUCACCCCCUAGCCCCCUGGUGGAACUGAUGCUGAACCACCUCGUGCCCCUUACAGAUGACAAGCAGAACCAGAGUUUAGAAGGCAUGGUGGCCGCGGCCCUCCGGGCAGGCCAUGCUCUACGCGGGCUCAGGCGCCUGGAGUUGGCCAGCAGCCACUUACUUUACCUGCCCCGGGAUGUGCUGGCCUAUCUGCCUGGCCUCAGACAUCUGGACCUGAGUAACAACUCGCUGGUGAGCCUGACCUACGUGUCCUUCCGCAAUCUGACACACCUAGAGAGCCUCCACCUGGAGGACAAUGCCCUCAAGGUCCUUCACAACGGCACCCUGGCUGAACUGCAAGGCCUGGCUCAUGUCAGGGUCUUCCUGGACAACAAUCCGUGGGUUUGCGACUGCCAGAUGGUGGACAUGGUGGCCUGGCUCAAGGAGACAGAGAUAGUGCAGGGCAAAGCCAGGCUCACCUGUGCAUUCCCAGAAAAGAUGAGGAAUCGGGUCCUUUUGGAACUCAGCAGCUCGGACCUGGACUGUGACCCUAUCCUCCCCCAAUCCCUGCAGACUUCUUAUGUCUUCCUUGGUAUUGUUUUAGCCCUGAUAGGCGCUAUUUUCCUCCUGGUUUUGUAUUUGAACCGCAAGGGGAUAAAAAAGUGGAUGCAUAACAUCAGGGAUGCCUGCAGGGAUCAUAUGGAAGGGUAUCACUACAGAUACGAAAUCAAUGCGGACCCCAGGUUAACAAACCUCAGUUCUAAUUCGGAUGUCUGAGAAAAUGAGAGGACUGAACAAGGACAACUCUGCAUGAGGUGUAGACUUAAGCUUUACCCUGUACUAGGCUUGCUCCACUUCACCCUCCACUAUAGACGCCACUGACUGACUGAAAGCAGUGAAGGGGAUUUUGCUUCCUUGUUAUGUAAAGUUUCAUGGUGUGUUCUGUUCAUGUAAGACAAUGAGCAACUGUGCAUAGUGUUUGUCCUCUUCCUUUUCUUGGAACUCCUCAACUCGAGUGGAGGAAUUUUUCAAGUUUCAGCAUGAACAUGGACUCCUUGCUGUCUGUCUCUCUUAGUACAGUUCAAGGUGUAGCAAGUGUACCCACACAGAUAGCAUUCAACAAAAUCUGCCUCAACUUUUUUGAGAAAAAUACUUUAUUCAUAAAUAUCAAUUUUAUUCUCAUGUACCUAAAUUGUGGAGAAAAUUAUUGCAUCCCAUAAACUGCCUGCAGACCUUAGCAAGCUCUCCAAAAUAACUCCAUAGUACGCAGGAGCACCUGCAUCCCAGAGCAUGGUUACAUUUUACUGUUCUGCAUAUUAUGAAAAAUAACUUGCAACUUCAGAUAACUUCUUUGACAAAGUAAAUUCCUUUUUUGAUUGCAGUUUAUAUGAGACUGUACUGAAGUUUUUCUAUAAACUGCACGGAGCACCAUUAGACUGAAUUGUUUAAAAAAAUCAAUAAAGAUUCUUAAAAGAA